CCUCUUCUUUCCUCCAUGAGGAGCUUCCACCUGUUUCUGCUUGACGCUGUCACCGGCCGGAUAUUAACUCCAGUCUGGACUCUUUCAUUUCCUCCAUCGUCUGAGAGGAAGCAGCAGGACUCUGAGUCUCUGGACCGGCGUGUCCAGUCGUCCCUGGUAACCCUCUACAGUCCCCUCCAGUCCACGUCCCCGACCGUCCUCCAUCAGGUCCUCAGCCGUUACCGUGGAGACGACCUCCUCCACCUGCUCCACUUCCUCCAGCGCCUCCAGCGGGACGCCUGUCUCCAUCAUGGCUUGCUGCUUAAUGAGGGCUGGCCUCUGCUCCUCCAGGAGAAGUUAAUCAUUCAGCUUUCUCCUCUGGAUCAGCACCUCCUCCUCCCAGGAGACUUCUACCUGUUGGUUUCUCCUCCUGCUCCUCGAGGACCUGGCAACGCCUCCUCAUCGUUGACUCCUCGGCUGCUGCUGUGCAGCGUGUCGUCAGACGGCCGUCAUGAGGAGCAGCAGGAGGUGUUGGAGUUAGGGAGGAGGCCCAUCUUCACCAUGGCCUGGCUGGACUCCCUGAACAGGGAGAGGGAGCAGCGAGGAGGAUCCCGGCUGGAGCGCUGCCUCCUCUCCUCCUCGUCCCAGAGGGACGUCUUCAGGGUCCCAUGGGAGGACCUGGUCUACCCACAGCUCCUCAGCCGGCCCCGGACCUCCUCCAAGGAGUCGGCUGGAGAAGGAGCCACAGAUACCGCCAACGUGAAGCUCCUCCCACACCUGACAUCCACCGGCCAAUCGCUCCGCCCACACCAGACCGACCAAUCGGUGAAGAGCACACAGGAGGAGGACUCUGAGGAGGAGGAGUCUGAGGGGGAGUACGUGGAGCUGACGGAGCUCCCUCUGCCUCGGUUCUCCCCCCAGAAAGGUUCCCUGACCCAGUCCAUCAGCCUCCAGAACCGGACCAGGACCUCACACUCUGCACCUCCUCCUCUCUCCUCCCGGGGGGAGGUCACCCUCCUUCUCUCUGGGCCGAAGGAGGUCUGCGUCUCCUCCUCUGCUCCUCCUGGCCUCCAGGGAACCUCCAGCUGUCAAUCAGAACCAACACCAGGUACUCGACCUGGAGAGGAGCAGGAGGAGGAGGAGGAUGAGGAGCAGGAGGAGGAAGAGCAAAGAAUAGAGGGAGAGAGAAAGUUAGAGAGGGAGAAGAAGCAGGAGUUUGUAGAGUCAGUCACUGAGAGUGAGGAGGUGCAGGAAGAGGAGGAGAAAGAAUGUGAGGAGGUGUCAGGUGAAGAUGGAGACCGAGAGUUAGAAGAAGGAGCAGAAGAGGUGGAGAUCGAGGAGGAGGUUCAAGUUAUAGUUGUUCAGCAAAGUCAGGGAGAAGAGGAGGAGCCGGACGAGGAGGAGAAAGAGAAGGAGGAGGCAGAGAAAGAGGAGGAGGAGGAGGUGAAAGAAGAGCAAAGAGGAGGAGAAAAUGCACAGAUAGGUACAGACUCUUAUUGUGAAAACAGAAUGCACUUCAAGGACUCUUAUUGUGAAGAGCACGAGGAGAGUGGACAGGAGCAGGAGGAGAAGGAGGAGGUGAAGGAGGAGCUCAGCUGUGAGGAGGAGGUGAAGGAGGAGCUCAGCUGUGAGGAGGUUGGUGAAGGAGGAGCUGCUGAACGUCAUGAUGAAGGUACACACUUGUUUCUCCUCCUAAACCAUCAGACUCUCUCUGUGUCACCUCCUCUUCUUCCUCCUUUUACCUCCCUGCUCCUCCUCCUCUCCUCCUUUCACUUCCUCCCUCUCCUUGUCUUCCCUCUGUCCCCCCCGUCCCCCCAGUCCCCCCAGUCUCCCCAUUCCCCCCCGUCCCCCCAGUCCAGUUUGUACGGUGCGUUGCUGAGGUCUGGAGCUGUGUGUCUACCUGGAACCAGAGACCGAGGAGGACGAGCUCUUCUCACCGUCUCCACUGUGAACUCUGUGUGGUCCAACCUGGGCGGUAACGGCACCGAGCUGCUGCGCCUCCUCCUCUACUACACCUCCACCCUCAGGAAGGAGGUGAGAGCGUUGGGUCUGACAGUUCUGGUGGACGCCUGCCGGGCCCCCCCUGCCCCCGCUCUGUUCUCCUCCCUCAGGGCCCUACAGGAGGACGCUCCCGGCCUCACCUCCCUAUGUUCAACUCUAUGCGCCCACCUGUUUUACUCAUGCCCCUCUGAUUCGCGCCCUCUAUCGCCCCUCUAUUUCCCCUCUAUCGCCCCUCUUUUUCCCCUCUAUCGCCCCUCUAUUUCCCCUCUAUUUCCCCUCUAUCGCCCCCUCUAUCGCCCCCCUAUCGCCCCUCUAUCGCCCCUCUAUCGCCCCUCUAUUUCCCCUCUAUCGCCCCUCUAUCGCCCCUCUAUCGCCCCUCUAUCGCCCCUCUAUCGCCCCUCUAUUUCCCCUCUAUUUCCCCUCUAUCGCCCCCCCAUCGCCCCUCUGUCGCCCCUCCAUCGCCCCUCCAUCGCCCCCCCAUCGCCCCUCUAUCGCCCCUCUAAGGGAGGGAAACCAAAUCAUGAAAUCUUUGCAAACUUUAAAUCAAGUCAGUUUUCUUCAGAAGAGCUGGUGCUGCUGGACUCAGCUUCACAACUACAUCUGUUCAGAGACAGUUGUGUGUCUGUGCGUGUGUGUGUGUGUGUGUGUGUGCGUGUGUGUCUGUGUGUGUGUGUCUGUGUGUGCGUGUGUGUGUGUGUGCAGGUGGAGGUGCUGAGCUCCCUGAAGUCGGUGCAGAAACAUGUGGAGCUCCGACAGCUUCCUGCAGAGUUUGGAGGAUCCUUCGUGUUCAGUCAGACCGGCUGGAUCAGCUUCAGAUGGAGACUGGAGCAGUUGACCAGUCAGUGUGAAGACGUCAUCAAGCUGCUGCAAAAAACCAUCGAGGUCCUGACGUCCACUCGUGUCCCUGAUGCUGCUCAGGACGCAGAGCUGCUGUUGUCCAGGUACAAGGCCGUGAUGCGCAGCAUCCUGGAAGACGGACGAUUGGUCCGGCUGCAGCAGGAGGGCGGGGCUUGGCUGUCGUGGCUCCGCAGGGAGGACGGCGUGACGGAGGAGCGGCGGGCGGCGGUGGAGGCGGCGUCCUCCCUCUACGAGCAGGUGGACGAGCUGCUCCACCGUCUGGUCACUCUGUCCAACACCAGGACUCAGAGCCUCAGCUUCAUCCUGGACUUCAGGAGUCUGGAGCCGGACUUCACGCAGGUGAGGGCGUGGGUGGAGGAGGAAGGAGAACUCCACCUGAAGACUCUGAAUGAACCUGAUGAUUCUCUGGAGCUGGUGACUCAGAAACAGGAGGAGUUCCAGGAGUUCUACAAGACGGCACAGGACGUCUGUGGACGGGGUGAGGUCCUCCUGUCCCGUGUGGACCGCUGGGACCAGGUCCCUGAGGACCUGCCGUCCUACGGGGUCCAGGUCCAGGGGUUCCGGUCUCAGCUGCAGGGUUUCUGGGAGCGUGUCUCCAGGACGGGUCGGGACAUAGACCGGGCCGUGGGACUGUACCGCUUCCUGGACCAGGCGUAUGGCUGGGCGUUGGAGGGCAUGCGCCAUCUAGCGGGGGUCAGCAUGGAGGAGUGCUCGCUGCCGGACAGAUGCCGGGCUGUGAUUGGCCGCCUGGAGUCCUACCAGCUCCAGCACCCACCCAUCCCUGACUCCUGCUUCCAGGAGAUGAAGGAGGUGGCCAGGGAGGUGCGGGGGGAGCGGGGCCUCCGCCAGUGGAGCCUGGCCUGGUCCAAGUGCCAGGAGACCAGGAGGAUGCUGGACAGGAAGAUGGAGGCGGCGGUCAGGACUCGAGACUCCGCCCACAGGCGCCGCUCUGACUCCACCCUCAGCAGAAGCUCCUCCUCCUCCUCCAGGAUGAGCCUGUCAGGACUGUGGGGGGUCCGCGAGACCUCCUCCUCUUUCUCCCCACAGGAGGAAUCAAACAGCCCCUCCCCCCAGCACACCCCCCUCCUCCGGCGUCUGUUCCGCACCUCCUCCUCGGAGGAGUCCUCAGACCGGGGGGACGUCUGCUCCUCCAGCCCCAGCCUCCUCCGCCGCCUGGACUCCUCCCCCAGCUUCUCCUCCUCCUCCUCCUCGUUCUUCCCCAGCAGGAGGCAGCUCCUCAGGAAGACCCAGAGCUUCGACUGCCCCCCCGGCCCCGAGGCGCUGCGCUGUGGCCCCCGGGCCCUGAGCGAGCCGGGGAGGACGGGGGGGACGGGGGGGACGGGGGGGGGGCGCAGGGGCAACACCGGCGUCUUCAUCCGGGGCCUGGAGGUCAGCAGCACCGCGGCGUCCGACCACACCCUCUGCCCCAGGACGCCCCUCCCCGGCUGGACGGGGCGGGGCCAGCACGGCCCCCCCGGGACCCCCGGGACCCCUGGGACCCCCCCAGCAGAACACCGACCCAGAGGAAGUAAGCUGAGACACAUCGUGGAGGAGAUGAUCACCACGGAGCAGGAGUACGUCCGGUCCCUGCGCUACGUCCUGCGUCACUACGUCCCAGAGAUGGACCGUCCCGACGUCCCCCAGGACCUGAGGGGACAGCGCUCCGUGGUCUUUGGGAACCUGGAGAAGCUGCUGGACUUUCACAGCCAGUUCUUCCUGCGCGAGCUGGAGGCGUGUUGGAAGCAUCCGCUGAGGGUGUCGCACUGCUUCCUGCGACACGUAUGCUACACAACUACACAACUACACUACUAUACACUACACAACUACACACUGAGGGUGUCGCACUGCUUCCUGCGACACCACCCGGGUGUCUGUGGGGACAAGAUGGACGUGUCGUCCUACCUGCUGAAGCCGGUCCAGAGGAUGAGUAAAUACGCUCUGCUCCUCACUGACCUCAUCAAGGAAGUGGGCGUGGCCCAUGAGGCGGAGCUUGCCAGCCUGCAGGCCGCCGCCCACAUGGUCAAGUUCCAGCUUCGCCACGGCAACGACCUCCUGGCCAUGGACGCCAUCCGGGACUGUGACGUGAACCUGAAGGAGCAGGGUCAGCUGAUCCGCCAGGACCACUUCACGGUUUGGACCGGGAGGAGGAAAUGUCAGCGUCGUGUCUUCCUGUUCGAGGAGCUGGUCCUCUUCAGUAAACCCAGGAAGAUAGAGGGAGGACUGGACCAGUUCCUCUACAAGACCUCCUUCAAGACGGCUGACGUGGGUCUGACUGAGUCCUCGGGGGACACUGGGCUGAGGUUUGAGAUCUGGUUCAGGAGGAGGACGUCCAAGAACCAGACCUUCGUCCUCCAGACGUCCUCAGCAGACGUCAAACAGGCCUGGACCCGAGACAUCACCCAGAUCCUCUGGACCCAGGCCACCAGGAACAAAGAGGUGCGUCUGAAGGAGCUGGUGUCCAUGGGCGUUGGGAACAAACCGUUUCUUGACAUUCAGCCGAGUGAAGCAGCGAUUAGUGACCGAGCCGUUCACUGCAUCAUGAAGACCAGAGGAGCCAGGACCAGGGCGUCCAUCGCCGUCUCCGUCUUUGACUCCAACCCUUUCAAACGUGGAUCUCUGACCUCUGACCCCACGGCUUCAUCUGGUCUGCUGGGACCCCUCAACCUGCACCUGUACAGUCGGACGCUGUCCUCCCCGCCCGCCGCUGAGACCUCCUUCAGCUCCUCCUGCAUCGAGGAGGAGGAGCAGGAGACGAGCAGCCAGCCCUCCAUGACCACAGAGAGUUCUGGUUCUGGUUCUGGUUCUGGUUCUGGUUCAUCCUCUCGUUGUUUCUCCGGCUCCACUGGAUCCGACAGCGGCUGCGUCUCCUCCCACCUCCAGGAGGUGCUGCCCGAGGAGCCCGGCCCUCCCGCCCCCUCCUCCUCCACCUCCUCCUCCACCUCCUCCGCCUCCAUCAAACAGCUCCUCUCAUCAGCCAAAUCUGCUGCUGUCGUCAGUCCAGCUACCAUGGUGUGAUCAGCUGACCUGUUCAUCCACUCAUCUCUGCUGCACAUGUGUGACUUCCUGGUUCAUGUGUUCAUCUGAUCACAUGACUGAUGGUUUGUUGUUUAUUUACUGUAAAUAAUGUUGUUGUUGUUGAUCAGCUGUUCAUGUGUAAAUAAACAUCUGACUCUUUUCUUACGUCAACAAUAAACAGUUUGUUGAAAACUGAA